AUGGCUCUAGAUUACGCUUCUCAAGUUAAGAAUGUGGGAAUUUCGGGAGACGCAGCUGUGCUGUUGUCAGUUCGCGACUCCGACAAAUCAAAGCCGUACAUCCCCCUCGCCGGAGGUGCAACGGAUGGUUGGUCCAAGGACGACGAGGCGACAGCCACUUGUUUCUGCGGCGCAGUCCAGCUCGCUUUCCCAACGGUCGCCCCAGGCCUAGUAGACACAUUCGUAUGUAACUGCACAGAUUGCCGCAAACUCACCGCCUCGAUGUUCACUUCCGCCUUCAUUAUAAACAACGAGUACCUCAAGCACAUCCGCGGACAAUCCAAUCUCAAGCAAUUUUCACAGAGCUCUUCCAUCGCCACCCGCACCCUUAUGACGAACUACUUUUGCGACACAUGUGGAACACUGAUGUAUCGUGUUGCCGAAAGGUUCCCUGGACACAGCCUGUUGAGGCUGGGCACGGUCGACGAUUUUAAUCUCGUAGAGACGAAGUUGAGGCCGAGAACGGAAGCUUUCACGAAAGAUCGUGUCAGGUGGUUUCCGGGUGUGCCUGGUGAGGAUGUGAGGAGGUUCGAAACGAAUCCGGCUUGA